GACACAUUACACAGCGAAGGAAGCAAACGCAGAAGCAGGCAACAACGCACCACAUCACGUCACCACCACCACGCCACUGAACGUCAGUAUGGAUACGACGGAGGAUAUCUCGCACGCAAGCGCAGCCACGAGCACCCACGCGGCAGCAUCAAGCAGUGGCUUAAGUGCAGCUCAGCAGGCAGCCACCCUCGCUCAACUGGGGCUGCCUGAGAUAGUGAACGUCGUUGCAACCGUCAACUUGGGCUUGACCUUAGAUCUCAAGUACAUUGCCAUGCACGCCAGAAACGCACAGUACACACCAAACCGGUUCUCUGCCAUGGUCAUGAGAAUUCGGGAUGAGGAGAAGCAGAACACAUCACACAUUGCCUCGCGCAGAAGAACAGGGCGGCCUAUGAAAGCGACCGCGCUUGUCUUCGCCACGGGCAAGCUCAUCUGCACCGGCACCAAGGGUCCAGAGGAAGCGCGGGCAGCAGCAAAGAAGUUUGCCAAGAUCAUCAGGAAGAUCCUCCAUCUGGAGAGAGCAGAGAAGGCGGCCGCACGGGAAGCAGCCACGGCGAUGCUCACGGAACACGGUGGGCAACGAGAUCACGACGACGAAGAGGAGGAGGGCGAGCAAGAGGAAGCAGCCCGCGUGAGGUUUGAUGGCUUCAAGGUUCAGAACAUGGUGGCCAAGUGCGACUGUCGGUUUCCCAUUCGCCUCGAAGCCCUCCAGGCACACUACCCCGUCUUCUCCACCUAUGAGCCUGAGCUGUUUCCGGGACUCGUGUUUCGCAUGGCCGAGCCACGCUGCGUCGUCCUCUGCUUUGUCAGUGGCAAGCUUGUGAUUACAGGGGCCAAGUCACGAGAACAGAUCCAGGAAGCCUUUGACAACAUAUGUGACAUGCUCAAGCCGUUCCGCAAGUAGGCAGCAACGCAGACAUGGAGUGUGCGCAUGAACAAAGCCAAGCGGGUGCUCAAAGCCCUCAUCAUGUCAAACAAGGCAGACUUCUCUCUUCCCUUCUUCCUUCCUCCCUUGCUUGCUUGCUGCACAUACCUGUCCUUUGUAAACGAAGCCAAACCGAA